AUGAGUGUGUGCGCCUGCAGCGCUUCAUACCUGCGGAGGUGGCUCCUGGAGGCUCUGCUGUUCUUGGCCGCUGUGCUGCAGACGAGCGGCGAAUGCCCCAAAUCAUGCGUCUGCUACGUUCCCACUGAAGUGCACUGCACCUUCAGAUACCUGACCGCGAUACCUGACCACAUCCAGCCAGCUGUGGAAAGAAUUAACCUGGGGUACAACAGUAUAACUGCCUUGGGAGAAAAUGAUCUUUCAGGACUUGAGAACUUAGAGUUGUUGAUGCUGCAUAGUAACACCAUCCAUAGUAUUGAAGACAGAGCCUUCCAAGACCUCAAGUCCUUACAGGUCCUGAAGAUGUCCUUUAAUAAAGUAAAGAAAAUCAACAAAGAUACGUUCAAAGGCCUGGACAGUCUGCUGAGACUCCACAUUGACCACAACCACAUAGACUUCAUCAGCCCAGAGGCUUUCUAUGGCCUUACCAACCUGCAGUUGGUCCAACUGGAGGGUAACCACCUCCAGCAGGUCCACCCAGACACAUUCAUCACACUGAGGCACAGCCAGGUGUUCAAGGUGUCCUCAGUAAGAAACAUCCACCUGUCAGACAACCUCCUCACCACUUUGCCGGCAGGUAUUUUUUCAGGCUGCAGCCAGUUAGAGAACCUCUUCCUCCAUGGCAACCCAUGGACAUGUGAUUGCCGUUUGAAGUGGUUCUCAGUGUGGGCACAGAGGAACACAGGUGUGCUGAAAUGCAAGCGAGACCGGAGAUAUCUGAGAGGCCACCUGUGCCCUGUUUGUGAAAAUCCUGCCCCUUACCACAACAGACCUCUAUCCCAUCUCCCCGGUGACGCAUUCACUUGUACCAAACCCUGGAUCCAACCCCACCUAAAACAGAAGAACAUCAGCCUGGAUGAGGGGGACUUUACUCCAGUUUCCCCCAAGGAUUUUAUUGCCCCGUUAGGCUCCAUACAAAUGAACCUGACUAACCAGUUCCACAAUGAUGCCAGUCUAUCCUGCACUGUACAGAGGCCCUCUGCUAUCGAGAACCUGACACAAACCUUGGUGGUGGAGGAGAGAAACAAUGUCACCUUACUUACUGCUGCCAUAACUACUUAUUUGGUGUGUAACAUUGACUAUGAGCAUAUACAGCAGCUGUGGCAGAUUCUGGCCACCUACAGUGACUCUCCUAUGAGACUGGAAAGAGGCUUAAUGCUUGCCAGAAGCCCAGAAAUGGUGUACAGGUAUAGUCAGAUGAAAGCAAAAGAGGGAGAGGAAGGAAUUCACACAAACAUUGAGGCUGAGAUGAAAGCUUCCCCUCCAUGGUUGAUGCAGGGAGAGGUGAGCUUCCAGCUUGACCGCACUACUACCACUUACUCUACUUUGCACAUUAAGUAUCAGUCUGUGGUCAACCUACGUGUAGAAAACACACCACCAAAGAGGGACCGCUAUUCCUGGACCAUGAUUAAGAGAGAUAAUCAGACCGAGACUGAGCACACGGUACUUACAGGUGGCGUGGUACAAUUGAACUGCCAAAUCGAGGGUGAGCCAAAGCCCUUGUUGGAGUGGAUUUUACCAGAUGGAAGUAAGGUCAGAGCUCCUUACUCCAGUUAUGACAGGAGGAUCAUAAUCAGUGCUGAAGGGAAGCUCACUCUACGGGGUGCAGAUGCCUCAGACACAGGCGUCUACCGGUGCAUUGCCACAAACUACCUGGAUGCAGAUAUCCUUGUCUUUCGAGUAACAGUUCUGUCCCCUGAUGUGGAAGAAGCCGAGGUCAAUGGUGUUCAACUCUCCAGGCCACUGGGUGAAAAUCUGGUUUUUGACUGUAGCUCCUCAGGGAGUCCUCCUGCCUCUGCCCAGUGGAUACUCCCUGAUCACUCGGUACUGGACAAAUCUCAUGGGAACAGGAAAGUGUAUGAGAAUGGAACCCUGCUGAUCCAGGGUCUCACAGCAAGGGACAGAGGAUUUUAUCGGUGUUUAGUUGCAAAUCACCUUGGAAUUGACCUGCUUGUGUCUCAGCUGACAGUGACUGAAGAGAAGUCUGAGACAGUAACAGUUUUGGACAGUGAGGGAUCAGGGACAGAGACGGAGGACAAGAUUGACCCCAGCUUGAGUGAAAACAGUCAAACAGUCACUUUCAAUGAGAAUCCCUCUUCCAGUCCCUCUGACAGAACUAUGCAGGAAUCCAGGACUGUCACCUCAGAUCGGCCUUACCCCAGACUCAGGUCACCAGGUAGGGGAGGCUCUGGAGGUAGACUACUGCAGCGAAGGAGGCCAGUCAGCAGCCGACGCACAUGGAGCAGUAGGGUCUUUGAUAAAGCUUCCAGGAAAGUGGACCCACAGAAAUUUGCUGAAUUUAUGAAAAAGGCUCAAGAUGGAUCAAGAAUAAAGGCUAACACAGAAAAAGAGAGAGCGAGAAAUGCAGACUCAAACCCUGGUCUUUCUGGUGAUGGUGAAAUUGGGUCUGGUGAGGAUCAUAAUGAGGACCACCUCAUCAUUGUUCCAAGGAUAGUCAAACCAGCUACAGGUAACACACGGAAAACUAGAAUAUUUGGACAAGAGAACAGGCAGCCUGAAACGAUAAAAGCCACAGAGACAGGUCAGCAUAGUAAAGUAGCAACAAAUCAAAUUGUUGCCAUGGAAACAGUCAGCAAUCACAUUGAUUCAAGCCAAGUGACAGAAAGUAAGAACACACCAACAAUAGAGUCAUAUACACAGUCAGAUUCUGCACCAAUCAAGUUCACAUUCACAAACAAUCCAACAGAAAGGAGUGAUAGACAAAGUGAUGCGGUUACACCAUACAACAGUAUUUCACACAACACAGUUCUGCCUAGUUUUGAUGAGACCUCUGAAUUUUCUGCCCUGGAAAGAAGUACCAAGCAAGGCUCAAACAGGCGCCCCGUCACUCUCCAACUUACUGUGACAGACUCAUCACAAGAAACACAGCUCCAGUUCUCAGGAGAACAGCCUGCACAGCCAGAGACGUCCACUUGGGCGGCGCUCUCAUUUACCACGGACCCUAAUGUCACUCCGAUGAGGGAUGGCCCAGGCCCAGUGGAGCUAGUUGUUCACACAUCCACAGAUCCAGAAAGCCAGACCACAUACACAGCCGUCACCACCACAGAGAGGCAGCAAGAUGAGAUAACCUUCCACACUACCCAAACAAUCAAAUCCCCACGCCUGCCCGCAGGAUCCACAAUCAUCUCCCGGCAGAAGAUCCAUAUCAUUCCACACAAGAACAGCAGAGGAGGGGGGCGCAGGAGGACGUUCCAAGGCCGCAGGAGGAUCAUUAAACCCGGCAGGAUCACUGACAUACAGUCCUUCAUCAAUAAACUUAAACAGCCCUCAGUGAAGAAGGAAGGGAAUGCCACAGUGCCAUAUAGAAUUGAGCUGACCACAGACUGCAACUGUGACGAAGACAAAAAGAAGACAGCAACCUCUGAUGUGGUGAAACCAACAGCUUCAUCCAACACAGAGAGACUUGCCACCACACAAAAAACUGCAGCUUCUACCACAAACUAUUAUGUUACUUCAAAUACCCCCUCCACCCACACAGAGUCAAGGCCAGAAGUUUCCAGUGGCUACAUAACCUCUGCUGAUGCCCCUGAGUUUGACCCUACAGUUAAUCCAUUUUUGACCCCAAAUAAAGAACCAUCAGUGUCCACUGCAGCCACUACGACUACAACUGCCUCUAAGGUUAUUCGUGGAAGGAUUCCAUGGAACAGGCUGUUUGGAGGCAGAGAGAGGGAAAAGAUACUGAGCAGGCUAAGGAAGCCACUCAUUACCCAAAAAACUACAACUACAGCUGAAACUACAACAGCGACCCUAACCACAGCACCUGCUGCUAUUCCCACCACCACUGCAAACUCACUGGCUGAACCUGAGACUCUUUCACCAUCCACAGGGAACAAAGAGGGCUCAUCAGAUGAUGACUAUGGAGAUGUGUCCUCUGCAGAUUUUGCGUUCACAACAUUGGGACCCAGAUUUCACAUUCUAACUACUACCUCUUCAUCAUAUUACUCCAGGUCCUCCGCCACUGCUGAAACACCACCAGAAUCACAGACUCUACCUUCCCCACCUACUGUCAAACCACCUUCAGUCAGAAAUCCUGAUGAAGCCAUAUCAUCUGGGUCUGGUGGUCUACCGGAUAAUUGGUUUGUGAGCAGACAGCGGCCUGGUGGGACAGGACGACGGCAAGGGCGGAGAAGGAGGCCCUUUAGGGGCAGGAGACCCUUCAGGAAAACUACAAUCACUAAAUUACACCCUACUACUACAACUGAGGCUUUAACUACAGCAGUAACAACUAUGGAAACUACAAUGGAGACAACCACACUACCACAUCGGACUGUUUCACUCUACAAGCCCCGGUACACUCCAUCUAGGAAAGAGGACAGAACCGCAAUAGCUGUUUCCACUGACCACACUUCAGAGGAGGAGACUGACUUAUAUGAGGACUUUGACUUGAGCACAUCUAGCAGUUUACCAGCCUAUACUACAACCAAGACACCUUGGAUCCCCUCAACCACAUUCACCGCCACCACAACUUUCAUGCCAACUACCACAAAAGGACCUUACACAACAGCUCAGACCAGAGUCCACAGCAACAUCAGACCACCAACACAGAGGAGAGUCAGACCUACUGUGCAGAGCAGUGGUGCCAGAGAUGGUGCAGAUAGAGGCCUUACCUUUGACACAAUGACCAUCCUCACAGCUGAGCAAGGAUACACCAACACCCCUGCCACAAACAACAUAGGCAUACACAGUGCCAUCUCUAGUGUUUAUAAUCAUGUCACUGGCAAUGAAGCUACAAGUGCCAAUAUUGCCAGCUUUGAACCCACUACGAAGGUCAUGACAAGCAAACCUAAGAUAGUUGGGGGCAAUGCAGCCAGCUUCACUGUGUUAUCUAACUCAGAUGCUUUCUUGCCAUGUGAGGCUGUUGGAAUCCCUCAACCAACUAUAACCUGGAAGCGCUUCUCCACAAGCACAGGAAGCACCUUGACCAUCAAGGGGAGGAUGGGCAAGUUUGAGGUGUUCAGCAAUGGAACGCUGUCUAUUCAGAAUGCCAACAUUAAGGACCGUGGACAGUACCUCUGUCUGGCUGAGAAUGAUCAUGGAUCAGAGAAGCUUCUUGUCACCCUCUCUGUAGUGGCUUACCCCUCACGCAUCCUUGAGCCAAAAAUGCGCGACAUAAAGUCUCAUGCAGGACAGACUGUGGAGAUGAAAUGUAAAGCAGAGGGUCGGCCAACACCUAUGAUAUCCUGGAUCCUGGCCAACAGAACCCAGGUCAGGGGUCUGAACACAGAGAAGGGUAGGGUGUCAGUAUCUCCCGAGGGGACUCUGGUCAUUGAGCAGGUGUCUGUUUAUGAUAGAGGUCAUUACAAAUGCAUCGCUAGUAAUCCAGCUGGAGCUGAUACUGCUACAGUCCGAUUGCAGGUGGUGGCAGCUCCCCCUGGCAUCGUGGAGGAGAAACGACAGCAGAUGAAAGCUGGCGUAAGCCAAAACUUGUGGCUACCCUGCACUGGCCAAGGCAGCCCUCAGCCUACUAUUCACUGGGUCCUCCAUGAUGGCUCAAUGGUACGAUUUAACAGACCUGCCAGUAACACAAGGAUAUCCUUGUAUGAGAAUGGAACCCUCCACAUAAAGGAUGUGACUCAAGCAGACAGCGGGAAAUAUGAAUGUAUUGCUACCAGCUCGACUGGCUCAGAAAGAAGGGUGGUGACCCUGACAGUUGAGAGGCGAGAGUCUGCACCUCAAAUAGUGGAAACAUCCCAGCGUAUGACUGAAUUGUUCUUCGGAGAUCAGCUGAGACUCAACUGUUCAGCUACAGGAGACCCUAAACCCAGGGUCAUCUGGAGGCUGCCCUCUAAAGCUGUGGUGGAUCAGUGGCACAGGAUGGGCAGCAGAAUUCAAGUCCUGGAUAAUGGUACACUUACUGUUAGAACUGUGAGCGAUAAAGAUGCUGGAGACUAUCUCUGUGUGGCACGAAGCAAAGUUGGUGAUGAUUUUCAACUGAUGAGGGUCAGUGUGUCAAUGAAGCCAGCCAAGAUAGAGCCUAAGCUUGAUGGAAAGAAGCAAGUACCCUACGGUAAGGCCUUGAAGGUUGACUGUAAAGCCUCUGGAGCACCCAAGCCAGAGAUCUCCUGGGGUCUACCAGAUGGUACAGUGGUCAAUAGCGCGCUUCAGUCUGAUGCCAGCAGUGGAGGCGGACGUGCACGGCGCUAUACACUUUUUGAUAAUGGGACUCUCUACCUAAACCAGGUUGGUAUUUCAGAGGAAGGGGACUACACCUGCUAUGCUGAGAACCAGGUGGGCAAGGACGAGAUGCUUGUACAUAUCAGUGUAGUGACCUCUGCUCCCAGGAUACGUCCGCCCAGCCAGACCUAUGCCAGGGUGAAGCCUGGAGGGAACAUCCGCUUUGACUGUGAAGCACUUGGGGAACCCAAACCCAAGAUCCUGUGGAUGCUGCCCACCAACGAUGUAAUUGCAGCAUCUAAUGAACGCUACCUAAUGCAUGUCAAUGGCUCUCUGGAUAUCAGGGAUGUGAAGGUUAUCGAUGCUGGGGAUUAUGUUUGUAUGGCUCGCAACCCUGCUGGAGAAAAUAGAAAAGUCUACAAGCUUGAUAUAGAUGGGAAUCCUCCUGUGAUCAAUGGCUACCAGCAGAAUAGGACUGUAAUCAAAGAUGUAGCUGCUAAAUUUUCCAGGAAAUUAAUAGACUGUAAGGCUGAAGGCAAUCCCACUCCAAGUGUCACUUGGAUUAUGCCUGAUAACAUCUUCCUUACAGCACCAUACUUUGGCAGCAGGAUUAAUGUCCACCAUAAUGGGACAUUAGAGAUUCGUAAUGUGCGACCAACUGAUACAGCAGAGUUCAUUUGCAUGGCAAGGAAUGAUGGAGGAGAGGCAGUAAUGGUUGUGCAGCUGGAGGUGACCAGUAUGCUCCGAAGGCCGAUCUUCAAGAACCCCUUUAACGAACGAAUUGUGUCUCGGAUUGGGAAAACCACAGUUCUGAACUGCUCUGCUGAUGGACACCCAAUGCCAGAGAUCAUCUGGACUUUGCCUAAUGGAACUCGGCUUACUGGUGAACCCAACAGCGGCUCUCGUCACCACCUAGGCAGUGAUGGGACUUUAGUCAUCUACAACCCUCACCCAGAAGAUGCUGGGAAGUACCGCUGUGGUGCCAGGAAUUUCAUGGGUUACAUUGAGAAGCUAAUAAUUUUGGAUGUUGGGCAGAAGCCUUACAUUCUGGCAAGGCCUAGGGGCAUUAUACGUAGCAUGUUUGGAGACCCACUUUUCCUUCAUUGUUUAUCUGAUGGGAGUCCCAGACCCAGAAUCUACUGGACUAUUCCUGGUGGCCACACUCUUACUCGACCUCAACUCUUUGGGCGCUACCAGUUAUUAGAGAAUGGUACUCUGGUUAUUCAGGAUACUAAUCUACGCGACCAAGGGAACUACAUCUGCAGGGCUCGUAACAAUGCUGGGGAGGCUGUGCUUACUGUCCCUGUCAUAAUCAUCGCAUCCCCUCCCCGGAUCACAACAGGGCCACCUCCCAACGUGAAGGCAGUGAGAGGAACAUCAAUCCAGCUUAACUGUGUCGCCGCUGGGAUCCCCAAGCCAGAUAUCACCUGGGAGCUGCCCGAUUACUCAGUGCUGUCAGCAGCAGAACAAGGCCGGCCUAUGGGAAGCGAACUACUUCACCCACAGGGCACGCUUAUCAUUCAGAGGCCCACAGCAUCAGACUCUGGCACAUACAAGUGCCUUGCCAAGAACCACCUUGGUACAGACUCAAAGGUCACAUAUGUACAUGUACUGUGAGAAAAAGACGAGACUGAGGGAGGACAGUGGCAUAUUAGAAUGUAAACAUUACCAGACACACAGUCGCUUAUGUCUGUGAGGUACAGCACAUGUUUGUUUUCUCACAUGUGGAUUGUGAGGAUCAAGGAUUAUGGAAUAUUAUAAAAAAAAGUGACAAAUGAGGAUUAAAAAAUAAACAGCACAAGGAAGGAAAGGGAUCAAACAUUUUAAAGGGAAAAACUUUUUUUUUUUUUAACUGGAAAAUCCUGUCUGGAGCUAGAACGUUGUUAUUGUAACUUUGGAACUGGGGGUCUGGAAAUUCAUAGGUGGUUCCCAUUUGGGAUGUUUCUCAUGGGAGAAAAAGGGUCAGAGCAUAGAGUCAAAUGAAAAGUGAUUUCUCUGACCAGGCAUUACUGCCUGCACAUAGGGAUAGUAUUACAGCACAUACAGACAUACUAUGCAGAGUGGGAGAAAAAAAGAAGAAAAGAAAAAAGCCUUCCAAGAGGGCUUCAAUUCCCUUUAGAUAGAGGAAAAAGUUGUUGAUGUCAUGACAUGUUGCUUUGUCCUUUGACAGCAAGUGAAAAUAACAGCAGGCAGCGAAUAUUGUAAAAUAUCUUUCAAAAGCCGUUCAUUUAAUUUCACAGUGGAUGAAAAUAGGUUUAUUCAAAACAUAUAUGAUGCUUGUUUUACACUGGAUACAUAUCUGCAUGGACGCUACAGUGCUUUCACACCAUUUCUUCGUUUUACUUUUUCUAUUUUGAAGACAGUUUAAAGCAGAUUCUUUUAUGUCUACUCGCAGUCCAGUUCAUUGGUGAGAAAAAAAAAACAAAAAAUCAGUCUAUUGUGUUGUACACAAGAAUUUACAGUAAUGUUAUACAUUAUGCUAAUCUGUAAUAAUACAGUAUAUGUAUAUCUAUUUGUAGUAUCUACUUUAUCAAAGUAUGAGAGAAAAAAUGAAAUUAAAAAGUAAAGACCGUUGAUGUCUUUGUAUUGUUUUUAUUGUACAAAUAUUUUAGAUGAGACAUUUUAUGUGUAUAAAAUACAGUAUAUCAGUG